GUGGGCAGUGGCCGCGGCUGCGCGCAGACACUGACCUUCAGCGCUUCGGCUCCAGCGCUAUGGCGCCCUCCAGGAAGUUCUUCGUUGGGGGGAACUGGAAGAUGAACGGGCGGAAGCAGAGUCUGGGGGAGCUCAUCGGCACUCUGAACGCGGCCAAGGUGCCGGCCGACACCGGUAAGCCCUCGCCGAGGAGGGGUCUGGCCGGGCCGGGGCCGGGGCAGGAGUGGCAGCGCCCUCUCCCGAGGCCCCGAGGCCGGUAUCCGCGCGGACCUGAUGCAGGGCUGUGGGACGAGGGCCGCUGGGGUCCGGGCAGGGGCCUCGCAGCCGCAGCCCCGUCGGUGCGUCGAGGGGGCAGGGCGGAGCACAUGAUGCCCGUUGGACUAUGGGGCAGGUAAGGACGUUUUGGGUCUCCUGGAGGAAAGUGGCCCCGGGGCGCGCACUGGGGCUGUGCCCGCCAGGCGACGGGGUUAGGAGCGGAGCCCGAGGCUCUGCGGGAGACCGGGGGAGGCUGACCGCAGCCGCCGGGGUGGGGGAGGAGGCUGGGCCGCGUGGGCUUCCCGCUACCUGCCCCCUGGCCUCCCGCGCCGUGCGCCGCCGCACGUAGCCCCAGACUCCUCCCCCUCCUCGCCGGCGUCCGCGUCCCCGCGCCGAGCUGCUCGGGGUCCCUGAGCCCCCAGAUCUGACCCCUUCCCUUCGGCAACCUGAGCGACUCCCGCCUUCCACGGAAGGGACCGAGCCGGUGCCAAACAGGCUGAGCGAUUUGGGAGUGAGGAGCCAUCCUACCGCUUUUCCCAACCUGGAAACGAGGUGGUUUGUGCUCCCCCUACUGCCUAUAUCGACUUUGCCCGGCAGAAGCUAGAUCCCAAGAUUGCUGUGGCUGCGCAGAACUGCUACAAAGUGACUAAUGGGGCUUUUACUGGGGAGAUCAGCCCUGGCAUGAUCAAAGACUGCGGAGCCACGUGGGUGGUCCUGGGGCACUCAGAGAGAAGGCAUGUCUUUGGGGAGUCAGAUGAGCUGAUUGGGCAGAAAGUGGCCCAUGCUCUGGCAGAGGGACUCGGAGUAAUCGCCUGCAUCGGGGAGAAGCUAGAUGAAAGGGAAGCUGGCAUCACUGAGAAGGUUGUUUUCGAGCAGACAAAGGUCAUCGCAGAUAACGUGAAGGACUGGAGCAAGGUCGUCCUGGCCUAUGAGCCUGUGUGGGCCAUUGGUACUGGCAAGACUGCAACACCCCAACAGGCCCAGGAAGUACACGAGAAGCUCCGAGGAUGGCUGAAGUCCAACGUCUCUGAUGCGGUGGCUCAGAGCACCCGUAUCAUUUAUGGAGGCUCUGUGACUGGGGCAACCUGCAAGGAGCUGGCCAGCCAGCCUGACGUGGAUGGCUUCCUUGUGGGUGGUGCUUCCCUCAAGCCCGAAUUCGUGGACAUCAUCAAUGCCAAACAAUGAGCCCCAUCCAUCUUCCCUACCCUUCCUGCCAAGCCAGGGACUAAGCAGCCCAGAAGCCCAGUAACUGCCCUUCCCCUGCACAUGCUUCUGAUGGUGUCAUCUGCUCCUUCCUGUGGCCUCAUCCAAACUGUAUCUUCCUUUUACUGUUUAUAUCUUCACCCUGUAAUGGUUGGGACCAGGCCAAUCCCUUCUCCACUUACUAUAAUGGUUGGAACUAAACGUCACCAAGGUGGCUUCUCCUUGGCUGAGAGAGGGAAGGGGUGGGAUUUGCUCCUGGGUUCCCUAGGCCCUAGUGAGGGCAGAAGAGAAACCAUCCUCUCCCUUCUUACACCGUAAGGCCAAGAUCCCCUCAGAAGGCAGGAGUACUGCCCUCUCCCAUGGUGCCCGUGCCUCUGUGCUGUGUAUGUGAACCACCCAUGUGAGGGAAUAAACCUGGCACUAGG